UCCCACUGAACGGCGGAACUAGCUAGCUUGUCAUGGCAGAUGUCGGUGAGGUUUUGAUGUCAGCUUUGUCCACGAUUCGGGUUCCGAAGCCCGGGGACCGCGUUCACAAAGACGAAUGCGCCUUGUCAUUUUCCACGCCGGAGAGCGAGGGAGGCCUCUAUCUGUGCAUGAACAGUUUCCUGGGCUUUGGGAGUCAGUAUGUGGACCGGCACCAUGCUCGGUCUGGCCAGAGGGCUUAUUUGCACAUCACGCGGAUUCGUAAGGCUAAGAAGGAAGAUGAUAGUAACUCUGGAUCUGGGCACCCACCAAAGAAAAAGCCCACUAGACUGGCUAUAGGAAUUGAAGGAGGUUUUGAUGUGGAGCAAGAUCAGUAUGAAGAGGAUGUCAAGGUGGUUAUUUUGCCUGACAGACAGGAGGUGACAUCAGAGGACCUUGCUACUAUGCCUGAUGUUGUGAGAGAGCGGGUGUCCCUGUCGAUGGCGGGUAUAAUGGCAGCCGACUCAGUGUCUCAUGCCUUACAAGUUCAACAGUGGGACGGAGAGGUGAGACAGGAGUCUCGCCAUGCUGCUGACCUUAAACAGCUAGACAACGGACUAAAGAUCCCUCCCAGUGGCUGGCGGUGUGAGGUGUGUGACCUCCAGGAGAAUCUUUGGAUGAACCUGACGGAUGGCAAAGUGUUGUGUGGCCGCAGGUAUUUUGAUGGCUCUGGGGGCAACAAUCACGCCCUUCUCCACUUCCAGGAGACAGGGUACCCACUUGCUGUCAAACUUGGCACCAUCACUCCUGACGGAGCAGAUGUGUAUUCUUACGAUGAGGAUGACAUGGUUCUGGAUUCCAAGUUGCCAGAGCACCUGUCUCACUUUGGAAUCGACAUGAUGACCAUGGAGAAGACUGAGCGGACUAUGACAGAGUUGGAGAUCGCUGUGAACCAGCGUGUUGGGGAGUGGGAGGUGAUCCAAGAGUCUGGGACCACCCUGCGCCCCCUGUUUGGCCCUGGCCUCACUGGCAUGAAGAACCUGGGCAACAGCUGCUACCUCAACUCUGUCAUGCAAGUGCUCUUCACCAUCCCAGACUUCCAGAACAAGUACGUUUCAAACAUCGACAAGAUCAUCAAUGAAGCACCAAGUGAUCCCACCCAGGACUUCAAAACCCAAGUAGCCAAGCUUGGCUACGGUCUGUUGUCAGGAGAGUAUUCCAAACCAACAACAGACUCUGGAAAUGAAAAUGGUGCAUCUGAACCCAGGGGAGACCAACUUGGCAUAGCACCACAGAUGUUUAAAGCACUUAUAGGACGGGGCCACCCAGAAUUCUCCACCAAUCGACAACAGGAUGCUCAGGAGUUUUUGUUGCACUUCAUAAACAUGGUUGAGAGGAACUGUCGCUCUGGGCCCAACCCAUCUGAAGCCUUCAGGUUCCUGGUGGAGGAGAGGAUUGUAUGUCAGCAGUCACAGAAAGCCAAGUACACACAGCGAGUGGAUUACAUCGUUCAGCUGCCUGUUCCUAUGGACCAGGCUACCAACACAGAUGAGCUUCAGGAGGCUGAGCGCCGCCGUGAGGAGGGGGACACGUCAGCCCCUACAGUUCGUGCACAAAUCCCCUUCACAGCCUGCAUGGCCGCCCUCAGUGAACCGGAGACGCUCACGGAUUUCUGGAGCUCAGCUGUGCAAGCCAAAACUACUGCUACCAAAACAACCCGGUUUGCGUCUUUCUCCGACUACCUGGUAAUCCAGAUUAAGAAGUUUACUUUUGGCCUUGAUUGGGUGCCUAAGAAAUUAGACGUGAGCAUUGACGUUCCCGACACUCUGGACCUGAGCGCUCUACGUGCAACCGGCCAGCAGCCAGGGGAGGAGCUUCUUCCAGAGGUGGCCCCACCCCCACUCAUGACACCAGAUGUGGAGGUUAAAGGUAUCCUGGGUUCCCAUGGCAACGAGGAGGACGACUCACUCUACUCCCCACUGCUGUCUCCAGUACUGGAUGACUCUACGGUGUCUCAGUUAUGUGAAAUGGGAUUCCCACUGGAGGCCUGUAGGAAAGCGGUGUACUACACUGGAAACACUGGAAUCGAUGCUGCCAUGAAUUGGAUCAUGAGCCAUAUGGAUGAUCCAGAUUUUUCAGCCCCCCUCGUCUUACCAGGCUGCAGCUCUGGUCCUGGAACCACACCCACGGAGAGCCUCUCUGAGGAGCACCUGGCAACAAUCGUCUCCAUGGGCUUCAGCCGGGACCAGGCGACCAAAGCACUUAGAGCCACGAGUAACGUCCUGGACCGGGCAGUGGACUGGAUCUUCUCACACCUGGAUGACCUUGAGUCCAUGGACGUGUCUGAAGGAGGCCGCUCAGCAGCAGAGAGUGAGGGAGGCAGGGACCCUCCUCCUGGGCCCCGAGUCAGAGACGGAGAAGGCAAGUAUGAGCUGUUUGCAUUCAUCAGCCACAUGGGCACAAGCACAAUGUGUGGCCACUACGUCUGCCACAUCAAGAAGGAUCAGCAGUGGGUUAUCUUCAAUGAUCAGAAGGUGUGCGCUUCGGAGAAACCUCCCAAAGACCUGGGGUAUCUGUACUUCUAUCGGAGAGUGGCUGAAUGAGACGAGCAUCGCACUUGGAUUGAAGAAGGAGCAAUGUGGAAGCUAAUGCAAACCCACAAGGCAAAGAUCAUGGUCACACUCCAGCAAGCUCUUACCAAUGCCCUGGCACGCUUCACAACUGACAAAAGUGUAAAUAAAGCUCUCUCUCUCUCUCUCUGCAAAUGUACACUGUGAAAUAAAAGGGUGCAGAUGUAUAGUCAAGGUGUUGGGGGAGAGGUUUCCUUUUGAUCUGCUCAUUAAAAACAACAGGACUCAAAUACAAUGCUGAUCUUGAAUUGUUCUGGCUUUUCUUCAAACAAAUGUGUUGAUAUAAAGCAUGUUUGAUGGAACUGAUCUCAGACAUUAGAGGAACUUAUGUUGCUGAGUCCGGUCAGUUUUAUUAAUGUUUCCUUAACUGUCACCAUUAAUCAGUGUCCUGACUAUUGAGCUCCACUGCCGUCGGUAGUCACUGCCCUUCCCCAUCACAACAUGGCUUCCAGGCCGUUCUUCUUCUUAUCGAGUGGUUGUAGCUUUGUUUCACUACUUCAGCAGGGCACCACCUCCUCACCCACCAGUUCCACCAAGUACAAACAGUUCAGCAUUGACAAUAAGAUUAAUGUCAGUAAAACAGACAACUGAUGUGUUUCUGAAAGGAAAUUUAAAAGAAAACACCAAACAAACUUGUUUCUUAAAAUGUAGAUGAGGGUGACUGGGUGAUUUUGGUUUCAUUUUGUUUUUAUUUUACAAAUUCUUUGUUACUUCAGAUGUGACAAUAAAGAAAAUGUCUUUCCUGUC